UGUGGCUGCUGUUGUGUGUUUGGGCUGUGUUUUUUUUUUGGCGGUUUAUUUUUGUAUUUCGUAAAGAUAUGUUCUUAUAUUUUAUGGCCUUACAUACUGGAACGACGCGACGACUUACCGAGAUUAAUGUUUUAUGAGCUUCGGUAUUUUUUAAAGGAUCAUUCUCGUUUUGAGAAGUGAUGUUAACGUUGCGGUAACGGUCAUAUUUUGUUUUUUUUAGCUAGCUAAGAUUAACUGCGCGCGCGCACACCGGCUUUUAUACUGAAUAACAACGUGGAGAGUAGAGUGAGGUGCUAAGAUGGGCAUUCAGGGCCUGCUGCAGUUUAUAAAGGAGGCUUCAGAGCCGGUCCAUGUGCAGAAAUACCGCGGGCUCACUGUUGCUGUGGACACCUACUGCUGGCUGCACAGAGGAGCCUUCUCCUGCGCCGAGAGACUGGCCAAGGGAGAACCCACCGACCAGUACGUGUUGUACUGUAUGAAGAUGGUGGACAUGCUCCUGUCCUAUGGCAUUAAACCGGUGCUGGUGUUUGAUGGACGGAACCUUCCAUCGAAGGAGGAAGUUGAGAAAGCUAGACGAGAGCGCCGUCAGGCCAACCUUCAGAAAGGCAAACAGCUGCUGCGUGAAGGGAAACUUGCAGAGGCUCGAGACUGUUUUACACGCUGUGUUAACGUCACACCUGCUAUGGCACACCGAGUCAUCAAGGCAGCGAGAGGGCGUGGUGUGGACUGUCUGGUGGCUCCAUAUGAAGCCGACGCUCAGUUGGCAUUCCUAAACAAAUCAGGAAUCGCUCAGGCUGUCAUCACCGAGGACUCGGACCUGCUCGCAUUCGGAUGUAAAACGGUGAUACUGAAGAUGGAUAAACAGGGAAACGGUCUGGAGAUAUCGCAGUGUCACCUGGGCCGCUGCCGCUCGCUGGGAGAUGUUUUUACCGAAGAGAAGUUUCGCUACAUGUGCAUCCUGUCAGGGUGCGAUUACCUUCCGUCACUCUACGGCAUCGGGCUGGGGAAAGCGUGCAAGCUGCUUAAGAUGGCCAACAAUCCUGACAUCCUCACGGUGAUCAGAAAGAUCGGUCAGUACCUGAAGAUGAACAUCACCGUACCUGACGAGUACAUCGACGGCUUCGUGAAGGCCAACAACACGUUCCUCUAUCAGCUCGUCUUCGACCCCAUCAACAGGAAAGUAGUGCCUCUUAACCCUUACCCAGAAAACCUCGACCUCAGCAAGCUCAGCUACGCCGGAGUUAAUGUCGGCGACAAGCAAGGACUGCAGAUGGCUCUGGGUAAUGUGGAUAUUAACACCAUGAAGAAGAUCGAUGAUUUUAAUCCUGAUGCUCCUGUAACACAACCUGUAAAAGCCCCUCGGAGUCGAGGCUGGAGUGACACUACACCAGUUACAACCUCAGCCAGGGGCAGUAUCUGGAGCAAAAGGUAUGUCCCAGGCAGUGUCCAGCCCCAGACUACGUCGUCGCCUCAGAGACCGCCUCAAACCAGAGGCAAGGAGACCCUUGUGUCACUGCGUGGCCUCAAACUGCCCACCAGAGAACCACAGGUCAAGAGACCACGACAAGACUCCGCUGUCUCAGAUGAGGACGUGUUGGAGCAGUACUCAUCAGGAACCAAGAAAGCACGCACAGUAACCAUGGAAAUGGAGCACAGCGCACCCAAAGAGGCGAAACAUCCCCAAAAAGUGCAUCCCCAACCCCGGAACAGAUUUGCCACGCUGCUGCAGUGGAGGAACCAAUCAGAGGAAGGCGAUGGAGAGCAGGGAACACGCAGCAGAUUUUUUGCAAGCGCCGAACUCACUGUAGUUGAACCUAACGAAUCAAAGCAAGAAUCAGACACCUCUGAGAAAUCGGACCCCGUCCCCUCACCAGCUGAAGAGCCACUCAGGACAGAGACAGAGAUGCCACCGCAGCGGGCCAGCCUGAGCGCCUUCAGCUGGUCCGGCAGGUCUGCAGAACGCUCCAGACUUGGAUCCUCGACAUCAGACCGACCCAGAACUCCCAGCAUGCCUUCGGGCCUCUCAGGCCUGCAGCAGUUCCAGAGAAAGAAGGAAAAUCUCAGCUGGGAACAGACGGAAUCUCCUCAGAGCUGUGCACCCGGCUCUCCUACAGAGGGCACUGCUGACAGCGAAACACCUCCUGGUUCUCCUCCGUCUCAGGAUAGUGCGUACUUCUCUCAGCCCAGCAGUGGCCACUCCGGCACCGAGGACUCAACCUUCAGCUCUCAGAGCGCAGCGGCCUCGCCUGAAACGGAGAAGGAUCCGUGGAGGGAUUCAGGAUGUUCAGCGGCCCUCAGUCAGGUGUCUGUGAAGGAGGAGGUCAGAUCAACACCCAUAAGGAUGAAGGUGUCUGGUUUGCUCCGCACCCAUCCAAGCGGCCAGGAGAAGGGUGGGAAGAUCUGCCCUUCUGCCCCAGCCAGGCCAAGUGGAUUGAGAAAGAAGGCUCAGGGAAAGAAAAUACCCGUCACUAAUGAGAACAGCCUGGGACUGCAGGCCACCAUCAGUGGGUUGUGGAAGAAUUUCAGCUUUAACAAGGACAGCUCGAAGUUACACCCCUGUAAGAAAGGAAAGCCCAUGUCUCCAGUGAGGGACAACGUGCAGGACACUGUGUUAGUGUAGAUCUACAGCUGCUGAACUUUUCUCUAUGCAGCGAUUAACAUGUUAAACAUACUGUGUAUGUUUAUUAUCACUUUCUUUUGUUUUACAGUUUAAUAAUGAAAUAAAUCAUCUAUACAUUU